ACAUGUGAGUGCACUGAGGAGCAUGCAACACAACUUAGUGAACUUUUGAUCACAACUGUCAACUUCUGUGCACAUCGGGAUUUAACUUUUGGUCAAGGAGACGUACUGCGAUUUCUACAUAUAAUCUGAUUACUUUUCUUUUUUUCUAUAUAAUUUUUUUUCUUUUAAAAAUCGCAUUAAUAUGCAAUAUCAUGUUUUUUUCCAUUUUAAUAACGUCUUAACCAGACCUUGUAUUAAUUUAUUAUCGUAAUUUCUUUCUUCUUUUUUUGUAAACACCUAUUUAGCGAGUAGUUGCUUUAUCUAAAUUGGUUAUUCUGUAAGAACUUUCAGGACGCGUGGGGCUGUCAUUCAGCAGUCCUGUUUAUUUCUGAGCAGCCGCGUGUUUCGCGUUUGCUUUCAUCCCUGCAAAAAUGAAGCAUUUGAAAUUUGUGCUCUUGUUAGCCAUCGCGGCCAAUUUUUGGGAAUGUGGUGAUGCGAAAUUUGGCGAGAAAGGAGAAUUAAGUCCAAGGAGGAGGAGAUGUUACGAUGGAAGUCUGCCGAGACGCCUGAAGAAGAAGGAGAGAAAACUGUCACUCGAGGGAAGCGGUGGAGGGGAGGUUUGUCACAGGCUCUAUCCUCGCGUGUCCUGCUGUCCGUCCAGGAGGGCUCCGUAUCAGAUACUGCAUCGGAAAGAUGCUCGGACUUUCUCGACUAAUAACACGGAGUGUUCUAGACUGCUGGAGGAGAUUAAGUGUGCCCAUUGCUCACCAAAUGCUCAGAUGCUGUUCCAUUCACCUAAACUUGAAAAAGCACCACAUAGAGAACAAGACCUACCCCGCUUAUGCCAUGACUACUGCCAAGAGUUCUACUACACUUGCCGUGGACACGUACCAGAACUGUUCCAAGCCGACGUGGAUGAGUUCUGCCAGUACUAUGGAAGGAUGGAUGGAGGCCUGUGCUUUCCAGAUUUUCACCGAAAGCAAUUGCGGAGAGAUUCCAACUACCUGUUAGAUGAAAAAACCGAAGCGAUUAACAGAAAACACAAACACAACUGCUACUGCGCUCAGGAGAUCCAUAGUGGUCUUCAACAACCUGUUGGCGUGGUGCAUUGUGGAGAUGGAUCGCAGCGGCUUUUUAUAUUGGAGAGGGAAGGCUUUGUGUGGAUCCUCACACAUGACAUGGAACUCCUAAAAGAGCCUUUUCUGGACAUUCAUAAGCUGGUACAAAGUGGUUUAAAGGGGGGAGAUGAAAGGGGCUUGCUAAGCCUUGCAUUCCACCCCAAUUAUAAGAAAAAUGGCAAGCUCUACGUCUCCUAUACGACCAACCAGGAGCGAUGGACUAUUGGACCACACGACCACAUUCUUCGUGUAGUGGAGUACACAGUGUCCAGAAAAAAUCCAAACCAGGUGGACACAAGGACUCCUCGGGUUUUAAUGGAAGUUGCGGAACUUCACCGAAAGCAUCUGGGAGGCCAGCUCCUCUUUGGGCCUGAUGGGCUUCUGCACAUCUUUUUAGGAGAUGGCAUGAUCACUUUGGACAAUAUGGAGGAGAUGGAUGGUCUAAGUGAUUUCACAGGUUCUGUUCUUCGGGUGGAUGUGGACACAGAAUGUUGUAGUACUCCCUACUCCAUACCCAGAAACAAUCCCUAUUUUAACAGCACAAAUCAACCCCCCGAAAUUUUUGCCCAUGGUCUGCAUGACCCAGGGAGGUGUGCAGUAGAUAAGCUCCGCAUGGACACCAAUGGGAGUCUGCUGAUCCUGUGCACAGAUACAGUUGGCAAAAAUACGACAACAGGCAGGAUCCUACAGGUCAUCAAAGGGAAAGAUUACGAAAACGAGCCAUCUAUGUUUGACUUGGGGUCAAGCGGAGGUACCACCCCUGUUGGUGGAUUUAUCUACAGAGGAUGUCAGUCAAGAAGACUUUACGGAAGUUAUGUAUUUGGAGACAAAAAUGGGAACUUUAGAAUUCUCCAGAGGCCUUUAGAAGACCGAUUGUGGCAAGAGAAGCCUCUUUGUCUUGGUACUAGCAGUUCCUGUGGUUCCUCGCUGGUAGGCCACAUCCUGGGGUUUGGCGAAGAUGAAUUAGGUGAGGUCUACAUCCUUGUCUCCAGCAAGAGCACAGCCAAACAGUCGCAUGGAAAGAUCUACAAGUUGGUGGACCCCAAAAGACCACAAGUUCCAAAGGAGUGCAGAAGACCAGUAGAAGAUCCAGAGAUGCUAAGCACUGCUUGUUCACGUGAAUGCAAGAACGGCCACUGUACACCAACUGGCAAGUGCUGCUGCAAUGCAGGCUGGGAGGGCCCCUUCUGCUUACGAGCCAAGUGUGAACUGGCUUGUCGCAAUGGCGGGGUCUGUGUGGAGCCCAACAAGUGUCUCUGCAAGGAAGGUUUUUCUGGCAACCAGUGCAGUAAAGGAGAGCGAGGGACAAAAGGGGACGGUGAGAAAGACAGCAUCCUGGAGCACAUCAUUGACAUGACGACUUACCUGCUGGACCUCACUAGUUAUAUUGUUUAAAAAGCAAGGCAGGAAGCUGACUCGCUCUUCACCAUUUGGCAAUGUUACGAAGGCCGUUCAGAGUUUGCCUUCAGUACACCAUCCCCAAAUCUCCAACUGCCCCUCACCUGAUCCUCCUCUCCCACCACUGUUCUGUAUUAUGAGCCACAGGCUUUGAUAUCUCCAUGCUCCCCUACACCAUCUGCACUCCCACAAACACACACAUAAAACAAUAACAUGGUGUCCAAAGGAACCUCAACACACUUAGCCAAAGGGGGUCGCAUGUUGGAGAUGAACACAGUGCUCCUCUGUUUGGUGUGUAAGGUCAAGUGUCCCCGCAAGAGGUCUCAAAGCACUGGAAGCCCCACCUCGGAUGUUCAGACCGACCCUAACAAUUGGGAUAUUAGGGUGUCAACAACGCCUCAAGUGGACAGUCUAUCAAACUGAACUGCACCAUAAAGAAACUCACUGCCACAGAUUGUUCUAAGAACGGAGAGGAAGGAGCUGUCAGUACAGCAGCAAAACCGUACAACAGACUUGCUCUGUGUAGAACUGGAGAAUCAUAUUGAUGGGACUUGAUGCCAGUUUACUUGCAGUUUAAAACCGGAUUUGCUAAAAAAGGUCAUCUAUUUCUUGAUACAAUUGUUGAAAGGAUUAAUGAGGAUCCUGCAAAACUGAAUAUUGGUUGAUUCCUGUUGAUGUUUCAUUUAGAAGAAAAAGUCAAGUGAAAUCAAUCUUUAAAGAAUGUUUGGACAGUCACUUUGAUUAACUUAAUACACGAGUUAAAGACGACUGGUUUGCAGGGAGAAACUACCCUCGAGAGGAAAAAUUGCAGUAUCAGUUAACCUAUUUCCUGUAGUUUUUCAUGGCCAUGCACGCUGCUUUCAUUGCAAAUUGUAUCCUUUAUCAUAUUUUAAAUUGUUCAUCUAUCAUCUUUUGUGUGAUGUAAAGCACAGAAGCUUGUUUUUAUAAAUGGAAAACCCUCGUGAGGCAAUUUUAGCUACUACUAUCGUUUUUGUCUUACAUUGACUUCACAGAUUAUGUUUUAAGUUCUCCAUUUAACACCAAACCCUAUUCAGUUUUGUCAUAUACAAAAGGGAACAUGACUGGUGACUGGUGUACAUUUCAUAUAGUACUCUACAAAGUACUGCUUAGAUUUGCCAUUGUUUUAAUAGAGGGUUUAUUUUUUUUAAGGAAUAAUAUAUGGGAGAGGAGCAGUUUUGCAUUAAGCCUGUAAAUUCAUUUAUGUAUUUUACUUAUAGAUAUACAGGUUUGACAUCUAUAAAAAUCUUAACUUAAAGCUAUAACAGUGUUCUUUUACUUUCAAGAGUGCUUUGACUGAAAAAAAAAACACAACCAUAGAUCUUUCCUUCCAACAAUGUGACAUUUCUAUAAAACAAAGUUCCAGCUAUAAUUUGAGACUAUCAUUUUAGUCAGCCAGCUCUUAAACGAAUAGGUGAUGUUAAAUAUGCUUUGCGUCAUUAAGACUCCAUAGCAUCCCUUUACUUUCAGAUGUUGUUGGUUAAGCUCUCUUAAAUGAGCUCUCUUCUACAAAAUGCACUAUAAAUCAAGCAGAAAUCAUCCCAUACUUCAGAAAAUUACCUCAUCGACAGCGGUUCUAUCACUGAAUAACUGAUAAGACUACAUCUAGACAACAAUUGGACCCCUGUUCAACUUUAUACUCACUUGUUGUCAAUGAGGUCCUUAUUUACAUGUUUCAUUGAGCCCUUUUUGAUGUGAUUCUUGUCAUUGAAGGUUUACAUCCCCCUCUAAAAUCAGACAUAUUCAGUAUGAUCAAUAACAAUCCCCGUGCGUUUAUCAUGUUCUGUUCAGUGCAUGUACGGAAUCCAUGCUGUAAAUCUACUCUGUUAUUUUAGCACUUAAUGUGAAACCUGCAUUGGAGCUGCUGGGAAGGUGUGAUGUGAAUAGAGUAACCCUGUUUCCUUUAUUAUUUAAGUAGUUAUGCCUUAAAGUUAUUUAAGUUGUCUACAAUGUUUUUACUGUUUAUGUGAAGAAAUAUGGUCAUUUAUUGUAAAUAACUAGGUUUAUCUUGGGUUCUUCUCAGAAAUAUCAAUAUGUUUAUUAAAGUGUAUAGCAUGUUUGA